ACGUUCAUAACAACAUCUACUGACCGCUUAUUUAUGACUCGUUCGCAUAACAAAAAUAAAUCAAUUAAAGUACUUCGUAGGGCCGCAGUGCUCGUUAAAAUAUGGUCCUCUCUCUGUCACGCAAUAACGAGGUUUCCGGCUAUAUAUAAGCCCCGGUUGUUGGAGAAUUCUCCAUUCAGUGUUGCCGUUGCCAGUCGAGCUGUCGACUAGUGAAGAAUAAUAUUUCGGCCAGAAUUAAUUCUUUGAACAUUCUUAUAAUACUUAAGGAAUAACCGAACAAUAGUGGGGAUCAGCAUAGAUUAACAUUGUAACGAGAGAGACAUAUUGAAGACUUUAAGGUAAGAUUUGAUUUCUAGUUUAGUACAUAAUCAUUAAUGAUUUCCCGUCCGUUAGCAUUAAGGCCUCUCAAGGGUAACUGAUAUGGUGAUAAUAAAAAUGAAGUCCACUGAAAAAUUUAAGUAUCAUGUGGUACAAUUUUUGGAAUUACCUUACAAAGGUAUUGAUGAGUAUGUAUGCGUUCCGUCGACGUGGAUAGUGUUACGCAGAAAAAUAGAUCGAAGAGUAAUAGUUGCAUAUCCUGUCGAAAAUCCAUCAGAUACAGCAAAGCGUGUCAAAAAGAGGCAAAAACGUUCAGACGAUUGGAAAUUAUAUCUGUCUGUUGUGGAAUAUUGCACUGAUGUGUACGAAGACGCGGAAAUUUUUAUCAACGAAAAGAUGAAUGAUGUGUAUUAUGAAUACAAAUGUUCGAAUAUGAAGAAUAAAGAUCGAGAAUUAACAGCACCAGUGGAGAAAAAAACACGAAGACCCACACGAAACUCGAAGUUGAAUCAUGAGAUCGACAAACCUUUGGAUUUAGUGGUAACUUUAGAGAAUAAUAAGAAAUCUGAGAAAAAGCCACUGAAGCGAACGGCGCUGCCCACUCCAUACACAGAAGCUGCUUUUAAACAGUCAAAAGUAGUUGAGCCAACUAAAUCUGUUAGCGACGCCGCAGAACAGCCGAGUCAAGUAUUCAAAUGCUCGAGUGAUAAUCAACCUUCACCAACUCGAGAGGAUUUUCCGAUGCAAAAUUCGUGUUCAUCCGAAAUAUCUAUGGAAGAAUCUGACGACAGAUGUUGUGUUGAAGAUAUAGAGCACGUUGAAAACAGUGAACAGAAGCGACCAUCUGUUAUUCAGAACUUUCCGAAUUCAACAAAUUCAUUGUCGAAUACUAAACUACUAAUUGACUCCACAUUUUUGACGGAACUCUUCACAGUCAUACGAAACCAACAUCAAGUUUCUGCUAACUCACUCUUGAUGGUAGAUCAUUUACGGAGAGUGAUAGUUGAUAAUGCAAAAGCACUAAGAGAUAUAAAACAGUUACUCGCUGAUAGCCGUAGUUCAAACAGCAAUAGUCCGACCACAUCUCUAUCAACAAACACUACAGUGGAAAUUGAGAAGAUAUCCGAAAAGAACCAAAGUAAACAACAGCAACAACAAGAAGAAUACGAGAAUCAUCUUGAUGUUAAUAUAAAUGAAGUUCCUAAGAAAAAACGGUCUCAGAAGCGCAAAUUCGUUCUACCUCCUGAAUACGAUAAAAAUGACUCAAGAUGGACCUUGAAGCAUCCUCGAUUGGUUCCGGGAGUUGUCGAACUCGUGCCCCAUACCAACGUCUACAUCAAUUUCGUAGCGCUGAGUAAUUGCAAAAGAUUGGCAAAAGAUUGUAAAUCAUUGGCUCGAAUGUUGUUGGUCGAAAUUUUCACUAAAAGUGCAUUGGCCGUAUGUUCAUUAACCGGGUCAAGAGCUAGAGCUUACGAUAUCGUCGGCGCAACUAUCAGACCAGGAUUAGAUGAAAAUGCAAGAACAGUGUUACUGACAUAUGUUGAAGAGUACGGGCGUGAAAAAAGUUGGAUUACAUUAGAUACUCAAUCUAUUCAGAACAGUAUUCGCAAUAAAAUGCAGGAGUUCAGAUUUAAAUUUGGAUAAUUAGUUUGUUAUUGCGCGCAGUUAUUAUUAAUAGUAUUUAUACAUUUACGGGUAUUAGUUUUAAGUGUACUUAUUUACUAAGAACUAGUUUGUAUCAUUAAACUAUUAUUUCUAGUCUUGUUAUAUUGAUUUAUCUGAAUAAAUGUCAUGAAUGUAAUUAGCAAGUUCUGAUUUCAAUUUCCCUUCUCACAUCUUCCUCCCACGAGAAUACUACAACUUUGUUUGUCGUUAAUUAAAUAAAAUGAUAUCCUCAUACUUCUUUGAAUUCAAAAACCCCCGAGUCCCGACCAUUUACUAAUGAAUAUACGCAGAUGCGACAUUCGGUCGAAAAAUUCCGCAUUAGUCAACCUUUAAACCACGGUCGCCGCUAAGUUCAUUCACCGCAAUUCCAUUAGGUCGUACUGGAAAUCGUAUAAUGUACGGUUCCUUUUGAAAAUGAAUCGCCAUGAAUUUAUAUAUAGACACAUUUAGACUGUCAACCAAUCGAUAGGACAAUUGUGUCGAGUGUCAUUGACACAAUUAUGUUUAAUUUGAGAC